AAUGGAAUCGGGGCGCGCGCAGGCAAAAAAUAUCGGCGGUCGCCAUCGUAUCGGAGGCGUAGCGUCUGCGCCCGCCUCGCCCUCCCUCCGUCCCCGGAACCAAUAAAAAGGGGCAGCGUAUGCGAGGAGGAGGAGGAGAAAGCAAAGCAACCCCAUCAGCAGCAGCUUCUACUGAUUGCUUCUCCUGCAGUGGCCGAUCGAGGAAGAUGAGGGGCGUCUCCCUUGCGCUGCCGCUGGCGCUGCUCGUCGCCUUCUGUGCUGCUGCUGCCCCGCAGCUCGUUGGAGCAGCAAGGGGAGACAAUUCCCUCAGAAUCAUCCAGAAUGACAUCAUAGAGACGAUCAAUAAGCAUCCAAAUGCCGGGUGGACAGCUGGUCACAACCCCUACUUUGCAAACUACACAAUUACACAAUUUAAGCAUAUCCUGGGAGUGAAGCCAACACCUCCGGCUUUACUAGCUGGUGUUCCAACCAAAUCUUAUUCAAGAUCAAUGAAGCUCCCAACGGAGUUCGACGCUAGAUCUCAAUGGUCUGGUUGCAGCACAAUUGGGACCAUACUUGAUCAAGGUCAUUGUGGUUCUUGUUGGGCCUUUGGUGCCGUGGAGUGUCUCCAGGAUCGUUUCUGCAUUCACCUCAACAUGAACAUCUCACUUUCAGUCAAUGACCUACUGGCUUGCUGUGGGUUUUUGUGUGGUUCUGGUUGUAAUGGAGGAUAUCCUAUCAGUGCAUGGCGAUACUUUCGUCGGAAAGGUGUUGUGACUGACGAGUGCGAUCCAUACUUUGAUCAGGUCGGAUGCAAGCAUCCUGGAUGUGAACCUGCUUAUCGUACACCAAAAUGUGAGAAGAAAUGCAAGGUGCAAAAUGAAGUGUGGAAGGAACAGAAGCAUUUCAGCGUUGAUGCAUACAGAGUACAUUCUAAUCCACAUGACAUCAUGGCAGAGGUCUAUACUAAUGGCCCUGUAGAAGUUGCUUUUACAGUUUACGAGGACUUUGCACACUACAAAUCCGGAGUAUACAAGCACAUCACAGGUGGUGUGAUGGGAGGUCAUGCCGUCAAGUUGAUUGGAUGGGGAACCAGUGAUGCUGGGGAAGAUUACUGGCUUCUGGCAAAUCAGUGGAACAGAGGCUGGGGCGAUGAUGGGUACUUCAAGAUCAUAAGGGGCAAGAAUGAAUGUGGAAUUGAAGAAGACGUUGUUGCUGGUAUGCCCUCGACAAAGAACAUGGCCAGAAACUACGACGACGCCUUUGGAACGGCUAUACUUUGAACAGCGGCUUGACCUCAAAUGCAGUUGGAAUUAGCUAUUUGCAAGGCAAAUGAAGCGGGUAAAUUAGUUUUGAUGUUUCCAGGGUUGUGUAUUAUGUACAGUAGCACAUGUUCCCAAGGCUGAUACGGUCCGUAAUCGCAACACUUGUUCAGAAACAAUAUGAAUAAAAACAUAGCUCCCACUGCUUCAGAAACAAAAUGUGUUUGUGUUACAUCUUUAUUGUAAAAUAGAGGAAUCAAAGUUGAGGCCUGAACCCUUGAUAUGAGGGUUGAGGGUGCAUAUAUAAUAUUAUGAUGCAAAUCGGCGCAA